AUGUAUUUGUCCACAGAUAUGAGGCUGAUAACUCCCGGUUGUGUGAACGAUCCGCGCGUCAUGCCCUACUUUACAUUGUUUGUACUUGCGGCCGCCAUGGCGCUAUAUUUGACCAUGGGAGCGUCAGUGUUCCAGGCCAUCGAAGGACCUCUAGAACUAGAAACCGAGGCUAAGAUCGCGAAGAUGAAGAUGGACUUUCUCAAUGAUCACCCGUGUCUCUCAGUAAAGGUAGCUAUCAAAAUGCUGGACAAGCCGAAGUACUCUCGAGUGCAAUCGUACGGCAGCAUGAGCUCAGCUCGUAGCGACGACGACAUGACGGUACAUAGCCAACUCUUCCCUUACCCGAAGAAGAUGGUCGUCGAACGCGAGAUCCUAUACGAAGAAGAGCAUCCGCCAUUUCAGCCGCUGUUCGCAACAACCAGGAUCUUCGGCAAGGCCAGAUUCACAUGUCUCAUGGCAUUGUACCUCUGUUUCUAUGUGCUGUUCCUGAUAGCAGGUGCGAUCGUCUUCUCUUCGCUGGAGGCUCCACUUGAAAACGAAAUACGACUCGAUAUAAUUCGCGCCAAACAAAAAUUCAUGGCCCGCUAUCCUAAUGUCCUAGAAUCUAAAGCGAUGGAGAAGCCGAAAUACGUCCGUAUACAAUCGUACGGCAGCGUACGCUCAGCUCGGAGCGAGGAUGACAUGACAGUGCGCAGCCAACUUUUCCCGUACUCGAAGAAGAUGAUUGUAGACAGAGAGAUCCAGUACGAAGAAGAGCACCCGCCGUUUCAACCGCCGUCCGUAACAACCACGCUUUUCGGCAACUUCAGAUAUCUGUUGGGGCUGUACAUUGUCUUCUACGUAGUAUUCCUGGUAGCGGGGGCGGUAGUGUUCUCCGCUUUGGAAUCACCGCGGGAUGAACUGGCACGACAGAAUGUAAUUCGUGCCAAGGAGGACUUUAUGACUCUUUACCCCGAUAUCUUAGAUGAUGACCUUGAGGCACUGCUGGAAGAAGUAAUACGGGCUAGCAACCAAGGAGUGUCCGCCUCGAGGAACGUCAGCGGUGGACCGAACUGGAGCUUUGGGCAGUCUCUUUUCUUCUCAUCCACAGUGGUCACUACAAUUGGCUACGGACAUGUUACCCCUCUUUCAAAACCUGGCAAGCUGUUCUGCAUGGUAUAUGCUUUACUCGGAAUACCAUUGACGUUGGUGCUGCUGUCUGCAUUGGUGGAACGUCUUCUACUGCCCGCUACGGCGCUACUACGGUCCCUCAAUGCAGCACUUGGGCACCUAUACCGCCCCUUCACGAUACGCCUUGUGCAUCUGGUGAUUAUUGUGAUGAUAUUCGUGGUAUUCUUCAUCCUGGUGCCAGCGGCGAUCUUCGCGAGCCUUGAGCCCGAAUGGGAUUUCCUGGAUUCAUUGUACUAUUGCUUUAUUUCGUUGACGACCAUCGGCCUCGGCGACUACAUCCCCGGUGAUUCACCCGGACAACCCUACCGACCUCUGUACAAGGUGGCCACUACAAUAUACCUAAUCACCGGGCUGACGUUCCUCAUGCUGACGCUCACCGUGUUCUACGACAUACCGCAGCUGAAUCUCAGCACGGUGUUCUCGUCGAUAAAGCUGGACGAAGACCCCGAGAAGAUGCGGCUUAGUGGCUCGGGUGCGGGACCCGGAUACGGAAUCGGAGGCCUAGUAAUGCGCGACGACUACGGACAUGAUCAGCGCCGCUCCGUCGUCCACAUCCGGCCCCAUCUCGACGACAGCCCCAGUCCUGAAGACACCACGCCAGUACACGCGCGAGACAUUCGAGUUCAUUAA